UGGGCUCCCGGCAGCCGCGGGGCGAGGCGCGCGCGAUGGCGGGCGACGGCGGGGGUCCCUGGGCCCUGGGGCUCCUGCGCACCUUCGACGCGGGCGAGUUCGCGGGCUGGGAGAAGGUCGGCUCAGGCGGCUUCGGGCAGGUGUACAAGGUGCGGCACGUCCACUGGAAGACGUGGCUGGCCAUCAAGUGCUCGCCGAGCCUGCACGUCGACGACAGGGAGCGCCUGGAGCUUCUGGAGGAGGCAAAGAAGAUGGAGAUGGCCAAGUUCCGCUACAUCCUGCCGGUGUACGGCAUCUGCCGGGAGCCCGUGGGGCUGGUCAUGGAGCACAUGGAGACAGGCUCCCUGGAGAAGCUGCUGGCCUCGGAGCCACUGCCAUGGGAUCUGCGCUUCCGCAUCGUGCAUGAGACUGCCGUGGGCAUGAAUUUCCUGCACUGCAUGUCCCCGCCGCUGCUGCACCUGGACCUGAAGCCUGCCAACAUCCUGCUGGAUGCACACUACCACGUCAAGAUUUCCGAUUUUGGGCUGGCCAAGUGCACAGGGCUGUCCCACUCCCACGACCUCAGCAUGGACGGCCUGUUCGGCACCAUCGCCUACCUCCCUCCCGAGCGCAUCCGGGAGAAGAGUCGGCUCUUUGACACCAAGCACGAUGUGUACAGCUUCGCCAUCGUCAUCUGGGGCGUGCUGACGCAGAAGAAACCCUUUGCAGACGAGAAGAACAUCCUGCACAUCAUGGUGAAGGUGGUGAAGGGCCACCGCCCCGAGCUGCCGCCCGUCUGCAGGCCCCGGCCGCGCGCCUGUGCCACCCUCCUGCGCCUCAUGCAGCGGUGCUGGCACGAAGACCCGCAGGAACGGCCCAGCUUCCAAGAAAUCACCUCUGAAACCGAGGACCUGUGUGAGAAGCCCGAGGAGGAGGUCAAGGAGACGCCCCGAGACCCGGGCGGGGAGAGCACCCCGGAGCCCAAGAGCGAGGCUGUGCCUGGAGCUGCUCGGCUCAAGCGCGCCUCCGCCCCACCCUUCGACAACGACUGCAGCCUCUCGGAGCUCCUGUCGCAGCUGGACUCGGGCAUCUCGCAGACCCUCGAGGGCCCAGAGGAGCUCAGCCGCAGCUCCUCCGAGCACAAGCUCCAGUCGUCCAGCAGCGGCAAGAGGCUCUCGGGCGUGUCAUCAGUGGACUCUGCCUUCUCUUCCCGAGGGUCACUGUCGCUGUCCUUCGAGCGGGAGCCAUCUGCGAGUGAUCUGGGCACCACGGAUGUGCAGAAGAAAAAGCUGGUGGAUGCCAUCGUGUCGGGGGACACCAGCAGGCUGAUGAAGAUCCUUCAGCCGCAGGAUGUGGACCUGGUCGUGGAUGGCAGCGCCAGCCUGCUACACCUGGCGGUGGAGGCCGGGCAGGAGGAGUGCGUCAAGUGGCUGCUGCUCAACAACGCCAACCCCAACCUGACCAACCGGAAGGGCUCCACCCCACUGCACGUUGCCGUGGAGCGCAGGGCGCGGGCUGUGGUGGAGCUGCUCCUGGCCCGGAAGAGCAGCGUCAACACCAAAGAUGAGGACCAGUGGACGGCCCUGCACUUUGCAGCGCAGAACGGAGACGAGUCCAGCACGCGGCUGCUGCUGGAGAGAAACGCGUCUGUGCAUGAGGUGGACUUCGAGGGCCGCACGCCCAUGCACGUGGCCUGCCAGCAUGGCCAGGAGAACAUUGUGCGCAUCCUGCUCCGCCGUGGCGUCGACGUGGGCCUGCAGGGGAAGGACGCCUGGGUGCCGCUGCACUACGCUGCCUGGCAGGGCCACCUGGCCAUUGUCAAGCUGCUGGCGAGGCAGCCGGGCGCGAGCGUCAAUGCGCAGACACUGGAUGGCAGGACGCCGCUGCACCUGGCCGCGCAGCGGGGACACUACCGCGUGGCCCGAGUCCUCAUCGACCUGUGCUCUGACGUCAACGUCCGCAGCCUGCAGGCACUGACGCCCCUGCACGUCGCCGCGGAGACUGGGCACACCAGCACCGCCAGGCUGCUCCUGCACCGGGGUGCGGGCAAGGAGGCGGUGACCGCCGAGGGCUGCACUGCCCUGCACCUGGCGGCCCGCAGCGGACACCUGGCCACCGUCAGGCUGCUGCUGGAGGCCAAGGCCAAUGUGCUCGCCCGAGGGCCGCUGCACCAGACGGCGCUGCAUCUGGCUGCUGCCCACGGGCACUCGGAGGUGGUGGAGGCGCUAGUGAGUGCCGACCUCAUUGACCUGCCUGAUGCCCAGGGACUGAGCGCGCUGCACCUGGCCGCCCAGGGCCACCACGCAUGCACCGUGGAGACGCUGCUCAGGCACGGGGCUCACAUCAACCUGCAGAGUCUCAAGUUCCAAGGUGGCCACGGCUCUGCUGCUGCGGUCCUCCAGUGCAGCAAGACCUAGCCUGCCGCCCGUGGGCCGGUCUGCACGGCCUUCUCAUGCAGCGCCGGGCUGGAGUGGAGAUGCAGAGAGGCUGCGCCACGCCACUCCACUGUUCUUUUGGAGGCCAGUGCUCCCAGAGUGCUGCCCGCGGGCACGGUGCCCUCCACACGAUGCGUUUGCAGUGAACAUAUCUGCCCCUGGCGCCUGGCGUCAGGAGGGCCGCUGCGUCUGCGUCAGAAUCAUUUCUGUGGGCUCCCAAAGGGCUGCUGCUGAGGGUUCCUUGGUGACAAAGCCCAGGCAAGGAUGUCCCCUCUGUCCUAGAGCAAGCCGCUGCGGUUGUGCAGAGCAUGCGGAGCGGGAGAGGUGCGGCAGGGACUGGGUGUGUCUUCUCAGGCAGUGGGCGGCACAGCCUGGCCGGGGAGCCGCAUGGGUUCCUCCUGUGGGAACCCUCCAUGGAUGUGUCGUGUAGAUCUGUUCAGAGCAUUCCCCAAGUCGCCAGUUGAGCCCAAGCAGGACGGCUGCGUGAUGGGCAGCUUUAAGGGUGCAGUCUUCCCCUUGUCAUCCCUCCCAGGUGCCUGCGUCCCUGGCACUGCCCUGGGCUCUUACUUGUUCCAUGUUGCCCAAAUGUUCUUUGAACUCCAGAGCCGCCUGUAUAAAACCAUUUUGAAUUUUUCACUUUAUACCUUCCGUUUUGGACUAAAAACAGUGUUGCAGGAGGGCAGGUAUCUCACGGGCUCUGGGGAGGUGGUGGCUCUGCCUGGGGUGUGGCUGGGCAUCUCUGAUGCGCUUGGGGUGCAGCCCUGGGGGGAGCUCUGGGCAGGAGCCGCCCGCCAUGCCUGGUGAGUGGAUGAGACCACAGUGCGCAUGGCACCAAGCAGAUAGUGAUAUACCAUGUAUGUGAAUGUGGGUCGGUGGGCAGGAUGCCCUUCCGUGACAGGAAAUGCCUGGACCUCGGAACUGGCUAUGUUUUAAUAGGCCUGACGUGCUUUGAUGAUGUAGGAUCUAGUUGUUUCAGACUCAACACCAGAGGAGUCUGUUUGAUGUCAAUAAAGCAAAGUAUCCGUCAACUGUCA